AUGUCUCGCCAGUCCUGUGGUCUCAGCAGGGGAUUCAGCUCCAGCUCCGCUUGCUUCGGAGGGAGGAACAAGGUCACGUUCAGCUCUGUGUCCCGUGGGGGAUGCAGGGGACCCAGCAACGCUGGUGGCUUCAGCAGCAGGAGCCUCUAUAGCUUGGGAGGGAGUAAAAGUAUCUCUCUGGGAGGCUUUGGUGGAGUCUGCAGAGGUUUUGGAGCUGGUGGCCAAGGAGGCUUUGGCUACGGUGUCGGUGCUGGGGCAGGAUUUGGUGGCAGCUAUGGUGGUGGAGCCGGAGGCCUCGGUGGUGGUUUUGGUGGCUUUGGUGGAGGAUUUGACUUGAUAGGAGGUCAAGGCUUUCCCUCUUGCCCACCGGGUGGCAUCAAGGAAGUGACCAUCAACCAGAGCCUGCUGGCCCCACUCAACCUGGAAAUCGACCCCGAGAUCCAGAAGGUGCGAACACAGGAGCGGGAGGAGAUGAAGCAGCUCAACAACAAAUUCGCCUCCUUCAUUGACAAGGUUCGAUUCUUAGAACAGCAGAACCGAGUCCUGGAGACCAAGUGGAAACUCCUGCAGGAGCAGGGUGGCACUGGGACAGGAGGCAGAAACCUUGACCCCUUUUUUGAAACCUACAUCAGCGGGCUGAGGAAGCAGCUGGACUUCCUCUCCAGCGAGAAGCAUCAGCUGCAGUCAGAGCUCAAGAGCUUCCAAGACAUGGUGGAAGACUUCAAGACCAAGUACGAAGAGGAAAUAAACAAAAGGACAGCUGCAGAGAAUGACUUUGUGCUCCUGAAAAAGGACGUGGAUGGAGCCUACACGACCAAGGUGGAACUUCAGGCAAAAGUAGAUUCUCUGGCAGAUGAGACUAACUUCUUAAAGUGUCUUUACGAAGCGGAGCUGUCUCAGAUGCAGAAGAGGGUUUCUGACACCUCUGUGGUUCUCUCCAUGGACAAUAACCGAAACCUGGACCUGGACAGCAUCAUUGCUGAGGUUAAAGCCCAGUAUGAGGAGAUUGCCAACAGGAGCCGAAUGGAGGCUGAAUCCUGGUACCGGUGCAAGUAUGAAGAGCUGCAGGCUACUGCUGGCAAACAUGGAGACAGCCUUAAGGACACCAAGACCGAGAUCUCUGAGCUCAACCGUGUGAUCCAGAGGAUACGGGCUGAGAUCGAGAGCGUGAAGAAACAGUGUGAAACUCUGCAAAGCUCUAUUGCGGAUGCUGAGGAACGUGGGGAACUGGCCCUCAAGGAUGCCAGGACCAAACUGAACGAGCUGGAGACAGCCCUGCAGAAGGCAAAGCAGGACCUGGCCAAACAGCUCCGUGAGUACCAGGAGCUGAUGAACGUCAAAUUGGCCCUGGAUGUUGAGAUUGCGACCUACAGGAAGCUGCUGGAGGGCGAGGAGUGCAGGAUGUCUGGAGAGUGUCAGAGCACCGUAAGCAUCUUGGUGGUGGGGUCUAGCACCGUCCUGAAGAAGACCACCAGCUCUGUAAUGGGUGGCUUUGGUGGAGGCUAUGGAGGAGGACUGGGCAGCUUUGGUGGAGGAAUGGGUGGAGGAGGAAUGGGUGGCUAUGGAGGAAUGGGUGGUGGUGGAGGAAUGGGUGGCUUUGGUGGAGGAAUGGGUGGUUAUGGUGGAGGAAUGGGUGGUGGAGGAAUGGGUGGCUUUGGAGGACCAGGCUUUGGCAUGGGAGGCUUUGGUGGCCCUGGUAGAGGUGGCCCUGGAAUCCAGCCAGUGCAGGUUGACUCAACCCUCCUACAGCCAGUCCAUGUUGAGAUUGAUCCCCAGAUUCAGCAAGUGAAAAACCAGGAGAAGGAGCAGAUCAAGACUCUUAACAAUCAAUUUGCUUCUUUCAUUGAUAAGGUCCGCUUCCUGGAGCAACAGAACAAGGUCCUGUCUACCAAGUGGGAGCUCCUCCAGCAGCAAGGGCCUACAGGACCAAGGAAGAACCUGGAUGUCAUCUUUGAAAACUACAUCCAGAACCUGAGGAGGCAGCUGGACGCAAUCUUGUCACAGAGGGGCCAGCUGGAGUCGGAGCUGCAGAACAUGCAGCAGUAUGUUGAGGAUUACAAAACCAAGUAUGAGGAAGAGAUCAACCGGCGCACAACUGCUGAGAACGAGUUUGUGGUGCUUAAGAAGGAUGUGGACAGUGCCUACAUGACUAAAGUAGAGUUGGAAGCCAGGGUGGGAUCUCUGACUGAUCAAAUCAACUUCCUGAGGUGCAUCUAUGAGGAGGAACUGGCUCAGAUGCAGACAAUCAGUCGGGACCUGUCAGUGGUGGUGUCCAUGGACAACAACCGUCACCUGGAUCUGGACAGCAUCAUCGAGGAGGUCAGGCGUCAGUACGAGCAGAUCGCUCAGAGCAGCAGAGCUGAAGCUGAGGCUUGGUACCAGAGCCAGUACGAACAGCUACAGAGCACUGCUGGAAGGCAUGGGGACAACCUCCGCAACACCAAGAUAGAGAUCCAAGAGUUGACCAGGAACAUCCAGAGGCUGCGGGCUGAGAUUGAGAAUGUGAAGAAGCAGGUAGGGCAGCUGCAGGCAGCUAUUGCUGAGGCUGAGGAGCGGGGUGAGAUGGCCCUCAAGGAUGCCAGGAUAAAACUGGAUGAGCUGGAAAGUGCCCUGCAGAAAGAUAAGGAGGAGCUGGCUCGCUUGCUGAAGGAGUACCAGGAGCUGCUGAACGUCAAGAUCGCACUGGAUGUUGAGAUUGCCAUGUACAGGAAGCUGCUGGAGGGAGAAGAGAACAGGCUGUGCAACGAUGGCAUGUCCAACGUCAAUGUCUCUGUGGUAGGCAGGACCACCAUCUCUGGAGGCUUCGGAGGUGGCAGCGGCGUAGGUGGAGGAAUGGGAGGAGGUGUCUGUGGAGGAGGAAGCAGCUUUGGAGGUGGAAGCAUGGGUGGCAGCUGUGGAAUGGGAGGAGGAGUGUAUGGCGGUGGCUUCUCUUCUGGAAGUGGAAGGAUGUGCGGCUCUGGAGGUGGCAACUUCAGCUCUGGUGGGGGAGCGUCCUCCGUACGGAGAUGUGUCACGACCACCUCCAUCAAAUCUUCGGGAGUGAGAUUCUGA